UCCGCGGUAUCGCCUGUACCGUUUGUUGCGCCGGUUCGGGCUCCUACUCGGUGAACACACACAUCCCACACACCACAACCCCACGGCAAAUCCACUCAUAACCAAACACUGCCACCGUCAUGUUGAUCUGCCCUUAUCCAUUUCUUUGAAUGGACUAAACUUGCCCGCAUCAAACGUUGCAGGCGCGCGUCCAAUGCUACUCCUUGGGUCUUAUCUUCUACCUCUGGUCCAAGCCGCACUACCGCAAUGCCUCCUUCAAAGAGGUGGGUUCGCACGGGAUUCAUAUAUUCCGAACUGUGUAUCCGCAAGUCCUUACCGCAAUAAAAUGCUCACAUGCACAAAGUCUGCGCUAACGCGCUCGUCAUAUGGGUGAUGGUCAGGACAUGUUUAAGAACUUGAGGAAUGUGGCAAUCCCUGGAACCGGCAUCCCUCUGAGCUUUUACUGCUCCUUCAAAGCAAUGGUUUACAUCUUCAUCUUGGUCGUCAACCCUGCCAUCUGCUUCAUGGCGGCACUCAACCUGCAACGAAAACAUGGCAGGCCGUGGGCACGAGCCUAUAUCGAACAGCUCCUUUGCCCUCAAGACUGGUUCAGUUUCUGGCGUCUCAACUGCCGCUUGGCCAGCUACCAUGCUCUUGUGACUGGAAGUGAAGGUUACCGGCAAGAGGACAAGUGGACCUUCCUCAGGGAUGGCAAGAGCAAGGGGGUGCCGAUUUCCCCGUUUCUCGACAUACCGGCAGUCGUGAUUAAGGACAAAAACGAAGAGGGCGGGAUGGGGCUUUACUUCUUCAAGAACGCCACAGCAGGAGGGGACUGGAUCAUUCAGGAGAGGCUUGACAAUGAUGAGUUUGUAACAUCACUCCUACCUGAUAAGGCCCCUUUAUCCACGAUGAGGGUCAUCAGCGCGUCCAGGUGGUGGCUUCAGAAGCGGCAGGGAAAGAUUCCAGGGCCAAGCUGUGUCGAUUCGCUCUCAUGCGUUUUUCGUGCGGGGCGCCAAGACGCUGACACAGACCACUCAUCAAUUCUCUUCGACGUCGACGCGAGCACAGGCACGCUACUGAAGGGCACUACCAACGCUCACUGGUAUGAGCUUGGCCCAACCAAGAUGUUCAACACCCCUUGGGUAUCUACUCACGAUGUAACGCAUCACCCGGACAACAACAAGUUGAUCACGGGCGAAGUGAUUCCAGACAUUCAGGGCAAGCUGGACCUUGUUGCCGACGCCCAUUUCAAGCUGCUACCGGACGUCCCGUUGGUAGGCUGGGACGUGGCUCUCACGACUAAGGGCGUGUAUCUCCUCGAGGUAAAUCUGUCGUGCAACUUCUUCAGGGGCUCCUUCAGCUUGGGACCGUACGUGCAGUUCGUGCACGACUACUUCGUAGCGCUCGAGGAAGAAAGGGGGACGCAUGGCAAGAUAGAGUAGACCAUGGGUUCAAGGGCUCCACCACGUGGUAAGCUUUCUGCUGACGGUAUUCAAUGAAGCCUUGGUUUCGACCAUCAUUUGAGGCCCUGCAACCGGAGACGUCGUCAACCCAUGGAGGGCAUGUUCAUCCUUUGUCUCCUUCUUUAGACAAUCUCCUUCUUAGCACAAAGCAGUCCGGAGGGUCGAUACGCUUGUAGUAGUUCGCGAUCGUCUCCUCGACAUUGAAUCCGUGCUCCUGCAAACGGGUCAUUGGAAUGUGUGGAGAAAAGAGCAGCGAUAAUCUGCUUUAACCCUUGAUUGGAGAAGCAUUGCAUUAUUGGCUUCGGGCCAUGUUGCCGGUCGCUUGGAUUGCUUCCGUCGCUGAGGGGCGGUAACGGGUACAGGAAAGGGAAAGGGUAUUGGUGAGGGUUUGAGCUCCAAGCGGUGGAGACAGGGAAGAGACCGAGAGUAUUGGUAAGAGUUCACGGGUUGCUGUGUGUUUAGGUACCUUGUGCCAUCCGUCGGGUCCAACUGACGCGGACGCCU